UUGUUGCUAUAAUUAAUAAAAAAAAAAAGGAUAUUUUAUCGAGAAAAAAUGCUGGAAGAUUUUGUCGAAAUCUCUUCAUUGAUUCAUUCUCUUUCUUUCUGCUUCAUCUUCUUCUCCUUCCUUUCACCUGAAAAUUCUUCAUCUCACUCUCACUUCCUUCUCUAACUAAUUUGAUCACCUUCCAACACGUUUCACAGGAGUUUCAGCAUUGUACAUUGAUCGAUUCAAUUUUGCAAACACACAACUAUUCUAAAAUUUCAAACUUCGCGUCGUUAGCCUUCGAAUUACGACUUGGGUUGUUCCAAAAUCGGAUUAUUGGUGUAGUGAGGGACGAGAUUUCUCCAAUUCGGGUCUCUAAUUUUGUGAAUUUCGUUCAACAUUUGGUGUUGCUGGGGUGAAAUUAGGGUUUGCGACAACCAGAAUUGGGGGGAAGAAGGAGAUCUCGGGUUUAGGUUAACGGAAUUUGAGCUUUCUCGAAUGAUCGGGUUAUUAGUUUACUAAAAUAAAAUCGACGGUUUGGAUCUGAUCGGAGGAGAGACAGCGCCACGGGAUGGCGCUGUUCCGUCGCUUCUUCUACAAGAAGCCUCCCGAUCACCUUCUCGAGAUCUCCGAGCGUCUCUAUGUUUUUGACUGCUGUUUCUCGAGCGAUGUUAUGGGAGAGGAUGAGUACAAACUCUACUUGGGCGGCAUCGUCUCUCAGCUACAGGAUCAUUUCCCUGACGCCUCUUUCAUGGUGUUCAACUUCAGAGAAGGAGACCAGCGGAGCCAAAUAUCAGACGUGCUGUCUCAGUACGACAUGACGGUUAUGGACUAUCCCCGGCACUACGAGAGCUGUCCGCUUCUACCUCUCGAGAUGAUCCAUCACUUUUUAAAAUCCAGCGAGAGCUGGUUAUCGCUGGAAGGUCAACAGAACGUUCUGUUGAUGCAUUGCGAAAGAGGCGGCUGGCCUGUUCUCGCCUUCAUGUUAUCAGGGCUGUUGCUGUACAGAAAGCAGUAUCAGGGCGAGGUGAAGACUCUUGAGAUGGUGCACAAACAAGCUCCCAAGGAGCUUCUCCAUCUGCUGUCUCCUCUAAACCCGCAGCCUUCUCAGCUCAGAUAUCUUCAGUACAUCUCUAGAAGAGAUCUAGGAUCUGAUUGGCCUCCUUCGGAGACGCCUCUUCUUCUGGAUUGUUUGAUUCUCAGAGAUCUACCACGUUUUGAAGGGAGGGAAGGCUGCAGACCGAUUGUGAGGGUUUAUGGUCAGGACCCUAAAGCCAAAGCCAACAGGAGUUCUGUAGUUCUGUUUUCCACACCGAAGACAAAGAAACACACUCGCCUUUACCAGCAGGAAGAGUGUAUCCUAGUGAAGUUAGAUAUCCAGUGUCGUGUUCAAGGGGAUGUUGUUCUGGAAUGUAUACACUUGCACGAUGAUUUGGUUCAUGAGGAGAUGGUCUUUAGAAUCAUGUUCCACACGGCGUUUGUGCGUGCUAAUAUUUUUAUUGUGCAGCGCGAAGAGAUGGAUAUACUUUGGGACGCCAAGGACCAGUUCCCAAAGGAAUUUAAGGCAGAGGUACUUUUUUCUGGUGCCGACUCUGUGGUGCCUGCUAUCGCAACAUCUCCAGUGUCAGAUGAUGAUGAGAACGAUUUUGAUAUGGCUUCACCUGAAGAGUUUUAUGAGGUGGAGGAGAUUUUUAGCGAUGCGGUUGAUGGGCAUGAGUUGAAGAGAGGAGACUCAGAUGGUUUUGUGGUUGUUGAUAGUGCUUCAGAUGAUUCUGAGGGUAAAGAGGUGUGGAAGGGGGAUGUAGAACCCAAUGCGUUUCUAGAUUGUGCAUCUGAUGAUUCAAAUCAUAAACAUGAGGCUAGCGCAGAUCCGGUUAAAGAUAUCACUGUUGAUGAUGUACAGUAUAGGUCAGAUGGGACUAGUAUUGACUCAGUGAAGGAUAUAGGAAUAGACGAUGGUGAUGACCAGCGAAAGAGAAGGACCAUGGAAGCAAAGGAAAAUGAUUCUAGAACAGCAGAGAAAGCACAAGCUAAACCAAGGAAACAGGUGGGAGCAAAUGCAAAACUGGCUGGAGAUGCAUUGAAACCAAAGUCUAAUGUAAGAAUGGCUAAGCCUAAUGCAGUUUCUCGAUGGAUUCCUUCAAACAAGGGAUCGUAUAAAGACUCUAUGCAUGUGGCGUACCCACAUACGAGGAUUAACAGUGCUCCAGCUUCGAUUACUACUUCUCUCAAGGAUGGUAAAAGAGCUACAUCACCUGAUGGGGUGGUUACAAAGGAUGCUAAGAGUAAAAAUCUGAGAGCGUCUGUUUCUUCACCAGAUGUCAGGAGUCGAGCUCCAAGUUGCUUAUCACCAGAGUUUAGCCCAAAGGAAAAGCCACCUUCUCUGCCUGCCUCUCCACAUUAUGCGCCUCCACCACCUCAGCAUUCACCUUCACCGCCAGAGCUACCUUCUCUAACCAGUGAGGCUGCAUCACUUCCUCCGCCUCCACCUCCACCUCCACCGCCUACUUACUCUUCACGGAGCCAAAAUGACAGCUACUCUCAAAAAUCUCAGAUCCCACCACCACCGCCACCUCCUCCAUUUGCAUCUAAGAGACCAAACAGUGGAACCAUGUUGCCUCCACCACCACCUCCUCCUCCUUUGGCAUCUGAGAAACCAAAAACUGGAACCGUGUUGCCUCCACUGCCACUGUCUCCACCUUGGAAGUCUGUGUAUGCCUCAGCUUUGGCAACUCCUACGACACGUUCUACUUCGGGCCAAACUAGUAGCCAAUCUCAAACAUCUCAGCUCCCAUUGCCACCACCUCCUCCACCACCACCUCCUUUUGCGUCUGUUAGGCGAAACAGUGAAACCAUGUUGCCCCCUCCACCACCUCCUCCACCGUGGAAGUCUGUGUAUACUUCAACUCUUGAAACUCAUGAGGCAUGCUCUACAUCUUACAAUUUUCCACCCCCACCACCACCUCCUCCUCCUUUUGGCUCAUCAAAUGCACCAAAAGAAAACGGAGAUCACGUUACUCCUUCCCCGCUGCCUUAUUUGAGUAUUGCACCUUCGCCAUCACCGAAGUCCUCUCCUAUCAACGGCUUUUCUGCUCCUCUACCUCCUUUUAGUAAAGCACAUUCAGUGCCUGUCCCUCCACCUCCGCCACCGAGUUAUGGAUCUUCAACCCCACCUCCUCCUCAACCACCGAGUUAUGGAACUCCUCCUCCACCACCCCCUCCUUUUGGUAAAACUUCACCUCUGCCACCACCACCACCACCUCCUCCAUCUGGAUCUAGUGGUCCUCCGCCACCACCACCACCUCCUUUUGGUAAAACUUCACCUCUGCCACCACCACCACCUCCUCCAUCUGGAUCUAGUGGUCCUCCGCCACCACCUCCUCCUCCAUUUGGAUCUAGUUGUCCUCCGCCACCACCUCCUCCUCCAUUUAGAUCUCGGGGACCACCGCCUCCACCAAUGGGUGCUCCACCUCCACCACCUCCUCCGAUGCAUGGCAGAGCCCCACCGCCACCACCUCCUCCAAUGCGUGGAGGAGCCCCACCGCCACCACCUCCUCCAAUGCGUGGAGGAGCCCCACCGCCACCACCACCUCCUGGUGGUAGAGUUCCUGGGGGACCGCCGCCUCCACCACCUCCAGGCGGCCGUGCUCCUGGUCCACCUCCCCCUCCUGGACCAAGACCUCCAGGUGGUGGACCUCCUCCGCCUCCUGGACCAAGACCUCCUGGUGGUGGACCUCCAGAUCUUAAGGGUGCAGGAAGAGGGCGUGGUCUUUCACGUCCAGGUUUGGGGUCUUCAGCUCAAAAAAAGUCUUCCCUGAAGCCACUACACUGGGUUAAAGUAACAAGGGCCUUGCAGGGAAGCUUAUGGGACGAGUUACAGAGACAAGGACAAACUGCACCAGAGUUUGAUGUAUCAGAAAUAGAGACCCUUUUCUCUGCUAUAGUGCCAAAACCGGUUGAUAAAUCUCGAAAAAAAUCAGUUGGAGCAAAGCCUGAAAAAAUUCAACUGAUUGACCUUAGGAGAGCCAAUAACACGGAGAUUAUGCUUACGAAAGUAAAGAUGCCACUGCCUGAUAUGAUGGCUGCAGUUCUGGCAAUGGAUGAUACUGUACUAGAUAGUGAUCAAAUAGAGAAUCUUAUAAAGUUUUGUCCAACCAAGGAAGAGAUGGAACUUCUAAAGAACUACACUGGUGACAAGGCAGUCUUGGGAAAGUGUGAGCAGUACUUCCUAGAGCUGAUGAAGGUGCCACGAGUAGAAUCGAAGAUGAGAGUAUUUUCCUUCAAGAUUCAGUUUGGCACUCAGAUAACAGAAUUCAAAAAAAGUUUAAAUGCGGUAAACUCUGCGUGUGAGGAGGUUAGAUGCUUGCAAGAAAUUACUUAUUUUUUGUGUUACUUCACAUGUAUGUCUCGUCUCUUUCUUAGACUUUUCUCUUCGCUGCUUGUUGUUCAUCAGGUUCGUACUUCACCAAAGCUGAAAGAAAUUAUGAAAAAGAUUCUUUACCUUGGGAACACAUUGAACCAAGGAACUGCUAGGGGCGCUGCAGUGGGAUUCAAGUUGGACAGUUUGUUAAAAUUAAGCGACACACGUGCUGCUAACAGCAAGAUGACUCUCAUGCACUAUCUUUGCAAGGUCCUUGCUUCCCAGGGAUCAGAUCUACUGGACUUCCCAAAGGAUCUUGAGAGUCUUGAAUCAGCUUCAAAGAUACAAUUGAAAUCGCUGGCUGAGGAAAUGCAAGCUAUAAUCAAAGGGUUGGAGAAACUCAACCAGGAGCUCAAUGCAUCCGAAAGUGAUGGUCCAGUUUCAGAAGUUUUCCGCAAAACAUUGAAGGACUUUAUCUCUGUUGCAACGACUGAGACAGCAGCUGUAACGAGUCUUUACUCGGUCGUGGGAAACAAUGCUGAUGCACUUGCGCACUAUUUUGGCGAGGAUCCUAAACGUUGUCCAUUUGAACAAGUUACCGCGACCUUAUUAAAUUUCAUAAGGUUGUUUAAGAAAGCACACGAAGAGAACAUCAAGCAAGAGGAAUUGGAGAGGAAGAAAGCCGCUAAGGAAGCGGAGAUGGAGAAGGAGAAGGCGAAAGGAGUCAAUCUGACAAAAACAGCAGAUGAUGAUGAUAGCUGACACCAAAAACUCAAAUCCUAGUUUUUGCAAAAUCCGCCUUAGUCUCUCAAGUGAACCGAAGAAAGGUGGCUAAUGCCAGCAGAGGUGGCGGUGCUGUUCAUGUAACCUUACCACAGAAUGGUACAGGGCGGUUUGUUCGGUUAAAACACGAUGGAGUCAUAUAAUGGGCGCCAGGGCGGGGCUAUCGAGGGAACUAUUAGAAGAUUAGAAGCAGGUCUUUGCUCCACUCUCACGUUAACAUGACUGACACCACAAUGGUUAUUUCUAACUUGUAAAUUAGAAUUAUUUGCUAUUUGAGAGGAAGUUUUGAUAGAUUGAAAUGUUGUAUAGGUUUCAGGUAGAGAGAGAGAGAUAGAGAGAGUGAGGUGUAUUAGUGUGUAACUUUGUACCACGAUAUCAAUGUUCUGUAACUACCAUUGAAAGCACAUGAGACCAAGCUCAAGACAUCUGAUAAAUAACAAGGACCUACUAGCUU